AUGGAUAACAAAGGGUGGUCGCUGAAAGGGUCACUCCUGCUCCUGCUGCUGCUGGUGUCAGACCUGCUCCUGUGCCAGAGCGUGGCCUCCCUGCCCAUCUGUCCCAGCGGGGCUGUCAACUGCCAGGUGUCCCUCCGAGACCUGUUUGACCGUGCAGUCAUCCUGUCUCACUACAUCCACAACCUCUCCUCGGAAAUGUUCAACGAAUUUGAUAAAAGGUAUGCCCAGGGCCGGGGGUUCAUUACCAAGGCCAUCAACAGCUGUCACACCUCCUCCCUCUCUACCCCUGAAGACAAGGAGCAAGCCCAACAGAUCCACCAUGAAGACCUUCUGAAUCUGAUACUGAGGGUGCUGCGCUCCUGGAAUGACCCCCUGUAUCAUCUAGUCACAGAAGUGCGGGGGAUGCAAGAAGCCCCAGAUGCAAUUCUAUCCAGAGCCAUAGAGAUUGAAGAACAAAACAGAAGACUUCUAGAGGGUAUGGAGAAGAUAGUUGGCCAGGUUCAUCCUGGAAUCAGAGAAAAUGAGGUCUACUCUGUCUGGUCAGGACUUCCAUCCCUGCAGAUGGCGGAUGAAGACACUCGCCUUUUUGCUUUUUAUAACCUACUCCACUGCCUACGCAGGGAUUCACAUAAGAUUGACAAUUAUCUCAAGCUCCUGAAGUGCCGAAUCGUCUACGACAGCAACUGCUAA